AUGGGAGUGGGGAGAUGGGGAGGAGGGGCAAAUGGGGUGAAAAAGGGGGGCAAACGAGCAGAACUACCUCAUGCUCGUGGACGUGCAGUUGCCUCUGGACGACACAGAAACGGACGCCCGGUAGUACGACGAGCAGAGGAGCGACGUGGGGGGAUUCGGUGCUGGGUGCGCCAAGGUGGGAAGGGGGAAGUGUGCGUGGGGAGACGGGUAGGAGGGGCAGGGGGGGGAAACGAGCAGAACUACCUGAUGCUCGUGGACGUGCAACUGCCUCUGGACGACACCGAGACGGAUGCACGGCAGUAUGAUGAGCAGCGCAGCGACGUUGGCGGGUUCGGAGCUGGAUGCGCCAAGGUGCAAGUGGUGCAACAAAUCAACCACGAGGGCGAGGUGAACCGAGCUCGCUACAUGCCGCAGAACCCCUUCCUCAUCGCCACUAAGACCGUCUCUGCUGAGGUGUUCGUGUUCGACUACAGCAGGCACCCAUCCAAGCCUCCCCAAGAAGGCACAUGCAGCCCCGACCUGCGCCUAAGGGGCCACAAGACGGAGGGGUACGGGCUGUCUUGGAGCCCCUUCCGUGCCGGGCACCUGCUGAGCGGGUCAGACGACAUGCAGAUCUGCGUGUGGGACAUCGGGGCUGCUACAAAGGCGAAUAAAGUGGUGGAGGCAAAGCAUGUCUUUCGGGCACACACGGGGGUUGUUGAAGACGUGGCGUGGCACUGCCGGCACGAGUACCUGUUUGGGUCCGUGGGGGACGACGAGCAGCUGCUGCUCUGGGACCUGCGCUCCUCCGCUGUUGACAAACCUGCGCAUGCGGUUACCGCACACCCAGCAGAGGUGAACUGCCUCUCCUUCAAUCCGUUCAACGAGUGGGUGCUGGUGACAGGGUCAGCUGACAAGACCGUGGCUCUGCAUGACAUUCGAAACCUCUCCAGACGCCUUCACACGUUUGUUCAACACACGGAGGAGGUGUUUCAAGUGGGGUGGAGCCCCCAGAACGAGACUAUCCUCGCCUCCUGUGGCGCUGACAGGCGACUCAUGGUCUGGGACCUUAGCAGGAUCGGCGAGCAGCAGGCGCCAGAUGAUGCCGAGGAUGGGCCGCCCGAGCUACUGUUCAUCCACGGGGGCCACACGAGCAAAAUAUCUGAUUUCUCGUGGAACGGCAAUGAUGACUGGGUGAUUGCCAGCGUGGCAGAGGAUAAUAUCCUGCAGAUUUGGCAGAUGGCUGAAAAUAUCUACCUGGAUGACGAGGAGGAGGAAGGGGGGGAGGCGGAUGGGGGGAGAGAUGGAGGGGGGAGAAGAAGGAUGACUGAAUGA